GAGCACUGAGCUGCAGAGCAGAGAAGAUCAUCUCAGAAACUUGAAGAUGAAGUAUUUUCUUCUGCCAAGUCAAUUAGCAUUUCUCUGUAACUUUGUACUAAGUAAACCUGUCCAGAUAGCUACAAGAAACAAUGACUUAGACAGUGAAAUAGUUGUGCAUGAAGGAGACAUCCUCUUGAGAAGAGGACAACGCAGUGCAAUUAACUGUGAGAGUUGUUUAUGGCCCAAGUCACAAGAUGGACUAGUCAAGGUUCCGGUUAACAUCUCUUCUGAUUUCUCAUUGACAGAGAGGUCUUGGAUUGCUGAUGCUCUACAAGAGGUCUCCACAUUGACCUGUGUCAAGUUUGUAAAUCGUACUACUGAAACAGACUAUGUGUAUGUUGAACAUGGGCAGAGCUGCUGGUCUUACUUUGGAAAAAUUGGAGGACGUCAAGCAGUUGGCCUGAUGAAAAAUGGCUGUAUGGAUAAAGGAGCAAUUCAGCAUGAAAUGAACCAUGCAUUGGGUUUCAUCCAUGAACAGGCACGGAGCGAUCGGGACAAGUUUGUCAAGAUUGUGUGGGAACACAUUAUGGCAGGGGAACAAGGGAACUUUGGAAAAGUAAAGUCCAAAAAUCUGGGCCUUCCCUAUGACUACUCUUCUGUGAUGCACUACGGCGCGUAUGAUUUCUCCAGCACUCCUGGGAAACCAACUAUUGUACCCAUCCCUAACCCUUCAGUACCCAUUGGGCAGAGAGAAGGGCUGAGUAACUUGGAUGUGGCUAAAAUCAACAAGCUCUACAAGUGCAAUUGCUGUAGCUCCGUGUUGCCAAAACCCAAAGGCUCUUUCUCCUCUAUCAAUUACCCAUCCCCAUACCCAAACAAUAGCAACUGCCUGUGGUUGAUCCGCAUCCGUCGGAGUAAGAUUUUCCUGCAGUUUGAGGCUUUUGAUCUCCAAACCUCCUCAGAUUGUUCUUCUGACUAUAUAAAAGUUUACAAUGGAAACAGCAAGAAUUCUCCUGUCUUGCUGGACAAAUACUGUGGGAAGGGGCCGCUGCCUUCCAUGGUUUCUUCUGGAUCUACAAUGCUGGUAGAGUUUGCAACUGAUGAGACCAUUACAGCUACAGGAUUCAGAGCCUCCUACAGCAGGGUGAAUUGUGGAGAUACUUUCAGAGACUCAAAUGGAGUCAUCACCUCUCCAAACUAUCCCAAUAAAUACCCCAAAAACCGAGCAUGUUUCUGGGUCAUCAGUUCUCCAGUAGGAUACAAGAUAUCUCUUAAAAUGUUAUUCUUUGAGUUGGAAGAUAACGACAGAUGUGUUUACGACUAUUUGCUCAUACAUGAUGGAAGCCAACCUACAUCACCUGCAGUUGGCCCUUACUGUGGGACAGAGAAAGUUGCAGACUUCACUUCCACUGGGAAUUUUGUGCUGGUUGAAUUUCACAGUGAUACAGUUUGGGAGUUGCCUGGAUUCAAGAUGAGUUAUACAUUUCAUAGGUAGUACUGUACAUAACAGGAGAUGUAAAAUGCAGAAUGAAAGAGACCAACUAGCCACUGUUUCUGAGUCUCUAAGCUUUUUGUUAUUGUAAUCCCAUUGCUGUUGUUACAUGACCAAAUGGAAUAGUAAAACAAACUAUGUAAGCCAAUUCUCAAUAACUUAUAAUGUUAGAAACUGCCUUAAAAAAAAAAAAAAAAAAAAGAAUAUGGCUACAGAAUUUGGCUUCCCAAACUGGAAGAUGCUAAAAUAUAAUAAAUGUUCUUACUGCAAUUAUGCCUUUGUGAAGAGCACAUAUAAAAUGGUAAUUUGCUUUUCUAGGGCCAGGAAGGCAGCCAAGAAUAUCUUGAAUGACACUGACUUUUUUUUUCUAGGAUCUGU